AUGGGAGCUAUUGCGGGGGAAGAGUUGUCGAAAUGGGAGAAGAUACAAGGAGGGAUGAGUGGUUGUGAAGAGAAGAUCCUUGUCUUACUGAGGCUUAGGCCUUUGAGUGAGAAGGAAAUUUCUGGGAAUGAAUCUGCAGAUUGGGAAUGUAUUAAUGAUACUACGAUCUUGUAUCGGAACACGCUGCGCGAGGGUUCUACAUUUCCAAGUGCUUACACAUUUGACAGAGUAUUUCGGGGUGACUGUGCUACACGGCAGGUAUAUGAGGAAGGAGCCAGAGAAAUUGCUCUUUCAGUUGUUGGUGGAAUUAACUCAAGUAUUUUUGCAUAUGGGCAAACAAGCAGUGGAAAGACGUACACUAUGGUUGGAAUAACUGAAUAUGCUGUAGCAGAUAUUUUUGACUACAUAAAAAGGCAUGAAGAAAGAGCCUUUGCAUUGAAAUUCUCAGCAAUUGAAAUUUACAAUGAAAUUGUUAGAGACCUCCUCAGCACCGAUAACACUCCACUUAGGCUACGUGAUGAUCCUGAGAAAGGACCCGUUUUAGAGAAACUUACAGAAGAGACUCUACGGGACUGGGGGCAUUUGAAAGAGCUACUAUCCUUUUGUGAAGCUCAGAGACAAGUAGGAGAGACAUACCUGAAUGAAAAGAGUUCAAGAUCUCACCAAAUUAUAAGAUUGACGAUGGAAAGUUCUGCCAAGGAAUUUCUGGGCAAAGGAAACUCAACCACCCUAUCAGCUAGUGUAAAUUUUGUUGAUUUGGCAGGGAGUGAGCGUGCAUCUCAGGUAUCGUCAGCUGGGGUGAGAUUGAAAGAAGGUUGUCAUAUUAACCGGAGUUUACUUACUCUUUCAACCGUCAUUCGUAAGCUUAGUAAGGGAAGACAUGGACACAUCAAUUACAGAGAUUCUAAGUUGACACGCAUACUACAGCCCUGCUUAGGUGGCAAUGCUAGAACAGCUAUCAUUUGCACUUUGAGCCCUGCACGGAGUCACGUGGAGCAAACUAGAAACACGCUUCUUUUUGCUUGUUGUGCAAAAGAAGUUACCACUAAAGCACAAGUUAAUGUAGUGAUGUCUGAUAAGGCCUUGGUCAAGCAAUUGCAAAAAGAGUUGGCCAGGUUGGAAGGAGAGUUAAAAACUCCUGCUACCUCCAAUGUUGAUUAUGUAGCUUUGUUGAGAAAGAAAGAUCAACAGAUAGAAAAGAUGGAUAAAGAGAUUAGGGAGCUAACUAAGCAACGCGAUCUUGCUGAAUCAAGGAUUGAGGAUUUGCUUCGCACGGUGGGAAAGGAGCAGAUAUCUAAGAAAGAAGAAGAAAUAUGGGAAGAUGACUGUUCAGUGUCAGAGUCAUCAAGCAUUUGUGGUCCCAAUACACGCAUUAGAGAGUUCAACAAUCCUCACUAUAAUGGUGGAGACAGUGGAAGUUAUCGAGUUGAAGAAGACCUUGAUGAGUACUGCAAAGAAGUUCGGUGCGUCGAGUUGGAGGAGUCAAGUAGAGACAACUCAGAAUACCUCGAUCCAUCGGUAAAUGACAACGGGGAUUCGGCUUUGACAGUAUCUGGAGGGGAAAAUGGAUCAAGCCAUGAACUAUCUACACGUUUGAAUGAAGACAACCGUGAUGAACAUGUCAUGUCAAGAAACAUGUCAAAUCAUAGAAAUCUCAAUUUAACUAGAAGCUGGAGUUGUUCGGAGUAUCACAUGACUGGUUCUCCUGAGACAGGAGAAAUGGAGAGGACUCCAGCCAAUGGAUUUGAAAAAGGAUUCCCUGGAAGACCAGAUGGUUUGUGGAGAAAGUUCAAUCCAUUAAAUUACAGGAGUUCCACAAGUUUUUCAAGGAACGAUUCUCAGUCUUCUAUUGGAAGUCAGUCAGUGGAUGAUGAACUUAGAGGCAACAGCAUGGGAAUAUCUGGCGAUGAGGACAUUACUAGCAUCCAUACUUUUGUUGCUGGAAUGAAAGAAAUGGUUAAACUUGAAUAUGAAAAGCAGUUUGUUGAUGGUCAGGAUCAGGAGACAGAAAGAAAACUAGUGAAGUUUGAUAGGAAUGUGAAAGAUGUAGGCGUUGAUCCAAUGCUUGAGUCACCGGGAACUCCUUUCGAUUGGUCUGUGCAGUUUAAGAGACAGCAAAAAGAGAUAAUUGAACUAUGGCAAUCUUGCUAUGUGCCAUUAACCCACAGGACCUACUUCUUUCUUUUGUUCAGGGGUGAACAAACAGACUCCAUUUACAUGGAGGUAGAGCUCAGAAGACUAUGCUUCCUCAAAGAAACAUUUUUUGAUGAAAACCAGUCUGAGAAAAACAGCCAACCAAUCACAUUAACCAAAAGUGUGAAAGCUCUUCGGAGGGAGAGAGAAAUGCUUGUGAAACUUAUGCAGAAGAGGUUUUCUGAGGAAGAAAGGAAAAGUGUAUUCAAAGAAUGGGGUAUUGGAUUGAACUCAAAGCGCAGGAGGAUGCAGCUUGCAAACCGUCUAUGGGGAAAUACUGAUAUGAACCACGUAAUGCAGAGUGCUGCAGUAGUUGCGAGGUUAGUAAGGUUUUCAGAGCAGGGACGAGCCCUCAAGGAGAUGUUUGGACUUAGCUUCACACCUCAACUCACACGACGAAGAAACUCAUGGAAAAGUACCAGAGCAUCUCUUCCAUAG